GUAAAAACUGUCAUGCACGGGACCUCCUAUCAUCUGCGAGUGGCACUGGUGAUAAUGCUUCGUGCCAUCAACCUGCGCCGAAAAGGUAAAUUAUUCGACUUUACGCUCACUAUGGAAGACCCCAAUGCUGGCCAAUUCGAUGACGUCGUGUUUCGCUACUCUUUGGCAUCGAGACCGGAAGAGUUCGCUUGCGUUUACAUUCAAGCCAAACAUAGGCAGGUGAAAAAAACAUCAAUUACAAAAGAUGCUUUACUCUGGAAAUGGAACACUAAGACCCAAUUCUCAAUACCUAAAUAUUUUACAUCGUAUUUGCAAGGAUAUGAUCCAUCUUUGAAGGGCUCCCAUACAUACAUUUUGUGCACCAACCAAUCAUUUGAUGAAAAUCUUCAUGAUAAUAACAAUUUUAUUCCACGAGACCCUGACACCGACCACAUUAUAUCAUUCUGCGACGACAUAGGAGCAACGUGUUACAGUUUUAACAGUGAAAAAGAAAUUGAAAGUUUGAAGGAUGAGCUCAGAAUGACCAGUUUAGAAAAGUUAGGAUGCAUGAUCGCGAUUUAUGUCCACAAGAAAAGGCAAAUGCAAUCAAACAUCUAUAUGUUCAACAUUAACGUUAACUUAAUUGCUAAAUGUGUCGAAAUUCGUGAAUCAGGAACAUUUCAAUUCAAUGAAGAGUUUCGAGCUGCAGAUGAAUCAACACUCGUAGGAAUAUUAAGAUCCGGUUUUGUGCAGGAGUACAUCAAACUUACGAGGAAAAACGAAGUGAAAUGGGAAAAUGUUAGAAUUAAGGUAGAUCAAUCAUUUUCCGAAUCCAUUCUGAAUAUUAACCAGGAUUCAUUAUACGGCGAAACGCAAUACUAUGAAACAGUUGACGUAGUCAUUCAACAGUUCUUUGAUAAGUUCCUGUUCGUAUGUGGAUCCAUGAGUGAGUCACAACUUUUAACGGAGAUCUUAAAAAUAAUGCCUCCAUGGGUGAGCAAUCCCGAAAGUACAUACAACAACCUGCAGAAUAUGCUGCUAGAGAGUAUGACUGAAUCAAGUAACAUACAUUGGCAUGAUUUAAAAAUUCAUUUGAUUAAAACAAAAGCAAAUGAAGUUUGUAGCAAAGUUAUAGCAUUUUCAAAUGAUUAUCAAAAAACCACGCAUUCUAGAUAUUCUCAUAUCAUUGUAAAGACCAACUGUCUUGAAGACACCGGACUUCAUGAUUUUAUCAAUAAUGGAUUGCGUGGUGAUGUAUAUCGUUACCGUUGCGCAACGAAUAUGCAAUUGAACUCUUUAAUCGUAUCACAAACCUUAGCGAUGCAUCACUUCCAAUGUCUAUUUGUGGACAACGCUACAUUGCCAUUGGAAGGGAAUAUAGCUGAUUUCGUUAAUGAACUGAUGGAAUUCAUUGCUGCUGUUGAUCUCUCUAAAACAUACAUUAUAACAAUCCUUGGACAGCAGGAAAACGCUGCGCUUAAAGAAAUUAGGAACCUCACAAAGUCUCACAAGAUGAAAUUAAUCGUAGUAGAAGCACCAUCCGAAGAAGACCCGUCAGAAGAUCGUUUAUCCGUUCGUAAUCUUGUUGAGGAUAACAGAAUGCAGUUGUUUAAGAAUCAUCGCAAGUUUAAACUUUUCGGAACAAAAACUGAACUGGAUGAAAUUGUGAGUCUUGAUGAUAGUUUGAGCUUCUUAUGUAGUACUUUAGAUAAAUGUGACAAACCAGAUAUGGAAGCAAAUUUGAACCAAACGAAUUUUGAAAAAAUUAAACCAUGGUAUAUCCCACGUUCCUGUUCGCCAUACUCGGACGACAAAUAUGAUCCUGAACAGUAUUUGAUCGAAAAGGAGAUCACUGCAGAAAUGGUACAUUCGAUCUUAUCUUACAACCAUGAAGCAAAUCGACUUCAAGAUGCUUUCAAGAAUGAGAACAAUGUUAAAGUUCAUAUCUUUUUAGAUGAAGCUGGUUAUGGAAAGUCUACCUAUUUCACAUGGCUGGCAUCCGCUUUGUCGAACGACAAUGAAUCGUUAUAUGUUGUGCGUAUGAAUGCCUCACAACAUUCUACUGAUUUUUAUGAGUUGCAAACGUCGAACCCUAAAACCCUUGAUGACACAGAAGUAAUAAGGAUCUUUUAUCGUCUUCUGUAUAUGACUCUCUUUGUACCUAACAUUCAUUUGCGAUCUAUUAAAGAAACCCUUAAUGAGAGACAGAAAGCAGAUCGCAUUGCACAACUUUUGAAGGUUUCAAAGGGAAAAACUUUCCUUGACGCGGAAGAGAAUGCAGAACACAAAUUUCCUUUAGAACAACUACUGCAGCUGCGGUUGUUUAUAACCAAGUUUAACGAAAUGCAAUUGAUUUGCUUAUUGGAUGGCUUUGACGAGAUCGCCCCUCACUAUAAAGAUUUUGUAAUGACGUAUUUCGCAAGGUUGGUUGCUUUUGAUGGAAUUCGCAACUUGUUUCUCUCAACUAGACCAUACAAUUUCAAAGGUGAAUUAAAGUACACUUUCUCAGGUUGUAAGAUGUGGCGACUAGAACCCUUUUCCCAGAGAGAUCGAAUGUUAUAUUUGAACAACUUCCUUGAGCAUGAGAUAAAAGACAAUCUAAGCAACAGGGACCACAGUAGCACAAUCUUCAAAACCGUGUACAACGUGACAAUUCAUAGUAUACAAGAUUUAAAAUUAAUACCACUAUUUCUCCAUAUGGCCGUUAAGUUUUCACUAUCGAAAGUCAAAACCCUUCACACCAUUCAUGAGCAAGGCGCAAUUACCGAAUUGUUCGACGAAUCAAAGUUUGAUCAGUUACAGGUUAUAACCAAUUUCAUAGAGGAAAAGCUGAGAAUACUAAACGACGAAAAACCAGGUGCAAUAGGUCAUGCAUCACUAAAUCCAAUCCAAAGAUUAAAGAACGAUGACAUAAACAGACAAAUAAUACGACGGCACAACUUGAUAGCCAUGUUGGUUAUAUUCACUACAAACGUCAGAGCUAAGCUAUUGUCCAAUGAAGAACAACAGAAAGCAAACGAAUUUUUGCAAGACAUUAUCCAAGCAAAAGAGAAGACCGGUAUCGUAUUGGCAGUUCAAAAUGAUACUCCUCAGUUUGCUCAUCGCAGUUUUGCUGAGUAUUUCGCGGCUGCUUGGAUUUACGACAAUAAACAUCUCAUUGACAGUAAGGACUUUUUCCGAUCGACGGCAUUUUGGACUGCUACAGUGCAUCGAACGCGAGAUUUUCUCAAUCGAAUGAUCGUAAGAGAUAGUGAGCGAAGCGAUAUUCACAUGGCGGUCAUCAAUCAAUCAGAACAACAAGUUCGUGCGUUACUUUCCAAAGAUCCUUCGAUUGUAUCUGUGAAGGAUGCCGUUGGUCGAUUACCGCUUCACUUAGCUGUCAUGUACCCAUCAGAAGAGAUUCAACAGUUGCUUAUAGCAAACAUGCCUUCUCGGUCAAUAAAUACAAAAGAUGAACUUUUCCAGUGGACCGCUUUGGACUACGCUUUUGCAAUGCGGUCCAACAUAUCAAUCAAAAUCCUGCUCACUACAAAAGCACAGGUGAACGAAAAAACCUUGCUCGAUCAGUUAUUGUCCAAUGAUUUAAAUGAUUUGUUGAUUAAUGCGCAUGAAAUUGGAGUAUGGUUACAAACCACAGUAGAUUUGGAGCACAAUCUACACACAUUUUUUUCGAAACUAGUAGAAAAUUUGAUGAACGACAAAAAAAUCGAUUUACUCAGUCCUUACCAGGAGCUGGACAAUUUAACUGUUUUAGAAUUCUGCACCAAACGUAAUUUUGUUGAUAUGCUUGAACUAUUUUUAAUACGGAUAUACGAGGACAGAGGAUUAUCCACACAACAGGUCAAUCAAUUGUUACAAAUUGCAUCAGAAAACAAAGCACAUGCCAUUAUAACAUAUUUCGAGGCUAAUGUGAAUAUGCUUCUCCCACAAAUAAAAAGUGUUGAUGUGCUCAUCGCUGCGAUAAAGUCAUCAAUAAAACAGGAACACUUGUACCUACUUCAACUACUUUUUCAUCAAUUGUGUCUUCAACGCAAGAUUUAUGUUGUUGAUGAUACAGACAUUCUCACCGAUGAUUAUGCUCCAGGUGAGGACCGGUUACCUUGGGUGAAAAAAACACACUAUCCAAACUUCUGUUGUGUACGAAGUUCUGAUAACGUUGGAAUAUUCCUGCCUGAAUAUGAUGAGAAAGAUACCCUGCAUGAAGGAUACCUUAUCGAAGCUCUUCUCGCCACAGCAGUGCAUGAGGGGAACUUGCUGAUGGUGAAAUACAUUGUGCAGAAGACCAACACGACCAUUACCAACAGACUUAUUGUGAUGGUGAUGCGAUUGUUACCGAAGAAAGGUAAUGUUUGUCAUGAGCAAUCGAUGGAUGUAUUCUCAUAUCUUCUCGAAAGAACGAUCGAUCUAGAGAGCAUCGACGACGAAGGCCGUAAUCUCCUUCAUAUGACGGCUCAAAAUGGUUGUUUCUUCAUGUUGCGUUGCCUGAUUGCCAAGGGAUUUGAUCCAACAGUGGCUAACACAAGAAACGGAUGGAACGUGUUUGAUUAUGUCGUUUUCGGUCAGAAUGAAGAUCGUACAGACAAAAUAUUGGAAUUCUUAUGGAUCAAAUGUGAUGUGAAUUGGUUCCAGUAUUUGGACAAAUUAGUCGAAACCGAUAGAAAUUCAACUGGCUUAAUUACAAAUCAAAAUAAAGUUAUACAGACGGCUCGUUCUUUUGUUGGUAAAAACAAAACACGAGAAACAGUUCAAAACACACAAAAUUCGAAAAAGCUCAACAAACAACAGCAUGCUCUAUUAGCCGUCUACGCUAUAUACAGUUUAGAGAACCAAACUAAGCUGUUGUCCGAUCUGGAACAACAAGAAGCUAUUCGAUGCAUGCGGGAAGUAGCUCAGGGCCUGCAGAACAGUAGAUUCAUACGAAAAGUUCGCGGUGAUGUGGUCCAAUUCUAUCAUCGCAGUUUUGCUGAGUACUUUGUAGCUUCUUGGAUUUACGACAAUAAACAUCGCAUAAGAAGAGCGAGCUUCUUCCGAUCGUGGGUGUAUUGGGGCGUCAAAACACAUCAAACGCGAGAUUUUCUCAAUCGAAUGAUCAUAAGAGAUAGUGAGCGAAGCGAUAUUCACAUGGCGGUCAUCAAUCAAUCAGUAGAACAAGUUCGUGCGUUACUUUCCAAAGAUCCUUCGAUUGUAUCUGUGAAGGAUGCUGUUGGUCGAUUACCGCUUCACUUAGCAGUGGAGUACCCACCAGAAGAGAUUCAAAAGCUGCUCAUAGAAAAAAUGCCUUUUGAGUUAGUGAAUACAACAGAUGAACUUUUCAAAUGGACAGCUUUGGACUACGCAUUUGCAAAACGCUACGAAGCUUCAGUGGAAUACCUACUAGCUAUUGGUGCAGUAGUGGAUGAAGACAACUUGCUCGAACAGAUAAUGUCAAACAAUUUAUGGAGUAUUGUUUGGGGUGUACAUUUCUAUGGAAAAUGGUUAAACUCUCAUAAACACUCGAAGAUGAAUGCGAAUCGACUGCACAUACGUUCAGUUGAAUAUUUACUCCACGAAAAACAUCUUGACGUGUUCGCUCGCCGUUACGAACUCGACGCUUUGUCACUCUUAGAGUACUGCUCAAAGCAUAAUAUAAUCGGUGUAUUUCAACAACUUGUGUCUCAAUUGUACAUUGGGGAAAGAAUUUCUACCGAUCUUUGUAGUCAGUUGUUGCAAAUAGCAUCAGAAAACAAAGCACAUGGCAUUGUAGCAUAUUUCUUGGAAGAAAACAACAUUCUUCUUCCCCAAAUGAAAUCUGUUGCUGAGCUCAUCUCUGCCGUUAAGUCUUGUAUCAAUCGCAAUCAAAUCAGCUCAUUCAAGGGCCUUUUUCAUGCACUAUGCCUUCGUAUCAGCACUCAUAUGGUAGACGAUACAGACAUUGUCGUAGACGAUUAUGCUCCAGGUGAUGACAGCAUACUACCGUUGGAUAAAAAACACUAUCCAAAAACUUGUUGUGUACAAAGUUCCACGAACGUUGGAAUAUUCCUGCCUAAAUAUGAUGAGAAAGAUACCCUGCAUGAAGGAUACCUUAUCGAAGCUCUUCUUGCUACAGCAGUGCAUGAGGGAAACAUGCCGAUGGUCAAAUACAUUGUGCAGAAGACCAACAUGGCCAUCUCCAACAGAAUCAUUGUGAUGGUGAUGAGGUUGUUACCGAAGAAGGAUGAUGUUUGUCAUGAGCAAUCGAUGGAUGUAUUCAUGUAUCUUCUCGAAAGAACGAUCGAUCUAGAGAGCAUCGACGACGAAGGACGUAAUCUCCUUCAUAUGACAGCUCAAAAUGGAUGUUUCUUCAUGUUGCGCUGUUUGAUCGUCAAAGGGUUUGAUCCAACAGUGGCUAACACAAGAAACGGUUCGAACGUGUUUCACUAUGUUGCGUUCAAUCAGGAUGAAGAUCGCACUGAUAAAAUAUUGGAAUUCUUGUUGAUUAAAGGCUACAUGCAUUGGUUCGAUGAUUUGGACCGUAUGGUCGACUCAGAUACGGAUGCGCUAAAUGCAAAUACAAAUCAAAACACACAAAGUAAGGAAAUGCUCAACAAACAACAGUAUGCUCUGCUAGCGUUGUACGUCAUAUUCAGUAAAGAGGACUUAGCUAAGCUGUUGUCCGACCCGGAACAGCAGGAAGCUAUGCAAUGCUUGCGGGAAGCAGGCCAGAGUAAUGCGAAGACUAGUAUUAUUCAACAAGUUCGCGAUGGCAUUCCCAAGUUUGCUCAAGUAAUAUUUGCGGAGUAUUAUGCUGCCUGUUGGAUAUUCGACAAUCAACAACGCAUGCGAAGUGAAAGCUUCUUCCGAUCGUGGACAUUUUGGACUGGAUACAGUGGAAGCAGUAAACAAUACCGAACGCGGGAUUUCCUAAAUCGUUUAACAACGAAAGAUAGUAAGAGGUGUGAUCUUCACUUGGCUGUAAUCAAUCAAUCAGCAGAACAAGUUCAUGAGUUACUCUCCAAAGAUCCUUCGGUUGUAUUCGAGAAGAAUGUCGUUGGUCGAUUACCGCUUCACUUAGCAGCGACAUAUCCAUCCGAAGAGAUAGUAAAUAUGCUGACAGAAAAAAUGUCUCGUCAGGUAGUAAAUACAAAAGAUGAUAUUUUCCAGUGGACCGCUUUGGACUAUGCAUUUGUAAAUCGCUACCAAGAUACAGUACAACACCUGCUAACUGUUGGAGCAGUGGUGGAUGAGGACAACCUGCUCCAACAGAUAUUAUCAAACAAUUUACGGAGUUUAAUAUGGAGUGCACAUUACUAUGCAGACUUUUUAAACUCUCAUGACCACUCCAGGGCGAUUGCGAAUCGACUACAAGUUCGAUCAGUAGAAUAUUUGCUCUACCAAAAACAACUUGACGUGUUUUCUCGCCAUAAGGAACUCCAAUCUUUGACAGUCUUAGAGUUCUGCUCGAAGCAUAAUAUGAUCGGUAUAUUCAAACAUCUUGUUUCCCAUUUGAGCAUUCGGGAAAGAAUAUCAACCGAACUUUCGAGCCAGUUGUUUCAAAUAGCAUUGGAGAACAAAGCACAUGAUAUUAAAGCAUAUUUUGUGGAUGAAAACAAUUGGCUUCUUCUCCAAAUGAAAUCUGUUGCUGAGCUCAUCUCUGCCGUUAAGUCUUGUAUCAAUCGCAAUCAAAUCAGCUCAUUCAAGGGCCUUUUUCAUGCACUGUGCCUUCGUAUCAGCACUCAUAUGGUAGACGAUACAGACAUUGUCGUAGACGAUUAUACUCCAGGUGAUGACAGCAUACCACCGUUGGAUAAAAAACACUAUCCAAAAACUUGUUGUGUACAAAGUUCCACGAACGUUGGAAUGCCGUUGCCUGAAUAUGAUGAGAAAGAUACCCUGCAUGAAGGAUACCUUAUCGAAGCUCUUCUUGCUGCAGCAGUGCAUGAGGGAAACAUGCCGAUGGUCAAAUACAUUGUGCAGAAGACCAACAUGGCCAUCUCCAACAGAAUCAUUGUGAUGGUGAUGAGGUUGUUACCGAAGAAAGGUAAUGUUUGUCAUGAGCAAUCGAUGGAUGUAUUCAAGUAUCUUCUCGAAAGAACGAUCGAUCUAGAGAGCAUCGACGACGAAGGCCGUAAUCUCCUUCUUAUGACGGCUCAAAAUGGUUGUUUCUUCAUGUUGCGUUGCCUGAUUGCCAAGGGAUUUGAUCCAACAGUGGCUAACACAAGAAACGGAUGGAACGUGUUUCACUAUGUUGCGUUCAAUCAGGAUGAAGAUCGCACUGAUAAAAUAUUGGAAUUCUUGUUGAUUAAAGGCUACAUGCAUUGGUUCGAUGAUUUGGACCGUAUGGUCGACUCAGAUACGGAUGCGCUAAAUGCAAAUACAAAUCAAAACACACAAAGCACGAAAAAGCUCAACAAACAACAACUUGGUCUGUUAGCCAUAUACGCUAUACACACUCUACAUGGCUUAACGAUUCCGUUGUCCUAUGACGAACAACAAGAAGCUUUGCAAUGCAUACGAGAAGUCGCUCAGGGCAAUGCGACGAGUGGAAUCAUACGAGAAGUUAAAGAUGGUGUUCCUCAAUUUACUCUUCGCAUUUUCGCUUAUUAUUUUGCAGCUUCCUGGAUAUACGACAAUAAACAUCGCAUGAGAAGUGCGAGCUUUUUCCGAUCGUCGAACUUUUGGCACAGUGGCUAUGAAGGGCGUCGAAUUCUAGAUUUUCUCAACCGUUUGAUACUUAAAGACAGUGAUCGAAGUGAAAUUCACAUAGCUGUCAUCAAUCAAUCAGAAGAACAGGUUCGUGAGUUGCUUUCCAAGGAUCCUUCGAUUGCACUUGUGAAGGAUGCCGUUGGUCGAUAUCCGCUUCACUUAGCAGUGAUGUAUCCAUCAAAAGAGAUUGUAAAAUUACUUUCAGCCAAAAUGCCUUUUGAGUUAAAAGAAACGAAAGAUGAACUUUUUCAAUGGACAGUUUCCGAUUACGCAAUGGCACUCCCUUGGUAG